AGUAAAGGACGAAGCGUGUCGCUCUGCUUCAGAACCAACAAACUAAGCAAAAAUGGCCUCACACGACGCAUUUAAAGUGACCUCACUGAAGGGGAAAGUGGCCCUUAUAACGGGGGCCAGUUCGGGUAUCGGGGCAGGUACGAGCGUCCUGUUCGCUAAACUCGGAGCUCUGCUGGCUCUGAACGGUCGGGACGUGGAAAACCUGAAAAAAGUGGCCCAGCAAUGCACCGACUGCGGAGCCGUGGAGCCCUUGCUCGUCCCGGGAGACCUGACCGAUGAGGAGACGGUGAGGAAGACGGUGGGGGAGACCAUCGCCCGCUUCGGCCGGCUGGACGUCCUGGUGAACAGCGCGGGGAUCCUGGCCAUGGGCAGCAUCGAGACCACGGACCUGGCCCAGUACGACAAGGUCAUGGCCGUCAACGUCAGGUCUGUGUACCACCUCACUCAGCUGUGCGUGCCCCACCUCAUAAAGACCAAAGGUUCCAUCGUCAACGUCUCCAGCGUGAAUGGACAGAGAUCGUUCCCCGGUGUUUUGGCCUACUGCAUGUCCAAAUCGGCCAUUGACCAGUUCACACGCUGUACAGCUCUCGAGCUGGCAUCAAAGCAAGUCAGAGUGAACUCUGUCUGUCCAGGUGUGAUCAUCACGGACGUCCACAGGAGGGCGGGGCUGGACGAGGAGCAGUACGCUAAGUUCCUGGCCAAAUGCCAGCAGACGCACGCGCUGGGCCGGCCAGGUGAAGUGGACGAGGUGGCGCACGGCAUCGCCUUCCUGGCGUCCGACGCCGCCAGCUUCAUCACCGGGGUCAACCUGCCCAUCGACGGAGGCCGCCACGCCAUGUGCCCCAGAUGAGUGUGUGUAUGAGUGUGUGUG